UAUAUGUCACGACAAUUCAUAAUUUUAAUAAGUAAAGGAAAUGAUCAAACGUUUUAUUGCUUACGAUAAAUGACCGACAUAUUUGGAAACCUCCGGUUACAGCUAAGUGUCCCGAAAUAUUUAUCAUUUUUAGUAUAAAACGUGUUGCAUCUUUUCAUUUGUAAAUAUUAUUAACAAUGACUUCACAAAGAAUCCUCGUAUUUCUUGUCUGUGUGUAUAUCGGUUUAUCAUAUUGUUUAAGGAUUGAUCGAUGCAACAUUGGAAUUAAGCGACGACGUGUACAAAGAGUUGUGCUGCCAUUCAAUUGUACAGAAGGAACGCUAUAUUGGAACUAUCCAGAAAAGACUUUAAAAGUGGUUGUUCCAGAAGAAAAUGGGAACUUCACAUUUUGUGUGGGAUAUGUUCAUGAUCCAUUUGUAAAAAGAGCACAGAUAACUACCCGUUCGGGAUCUAGGAAAAUCAAUCUUCCUACUAAGAAAGACCAGUCAGAAUGUUUUGACUACACUGGAGAUUUGUCUCUUACAUUUUUUGGACCAAGACGUAUGAAGACAUAUAUGGCCUUUAUUCCAUAUACAAAGUCCAAAGUAGAAAGCAGGGACGAAUACAAAUACAAAGACUUCAUUCAAAAUCUGAGAUAAAAGCCCUAUUUUGCGUGACACUUGCAAGACAACUUUUCAUGUUUAAUCGAAAGAAUUAUUUUCUAUGAAGGACAUAAUGCUUGAGUACUUGUAAAUCUUUGAAGGCAUCAGAUUUAUUCAGUCAAUAACAACAUAUGCUGAUUCAUACGCAUACAUUGUAUAUUAACUGUAUAUGGGACUGAGACAUUGUAAAUGUACUUUUAAGUUAUUAAAAUUAUUAAUUAAAAAGUAAUUGACAAUUAACUGGACAAUACAUAUUUAUAGCAUAGAACAAAGUGAAAAAUAUCGUAUUCUAAUUAUAACAUAAUCAUCUUAAAUGUCAUAAAUUUGGCCUUGUUUUUCACAUUCCAUGAGUCAGAGGUAACGAAAACAUAUAUUUUAUUUUCAUGAUUACAUAUGGUAUAAAAUGAAAUGUUUAUGAAAUAUACAAUGGAAUAGUACAAAAACAUUUAUAACUUUGACAUUAAAACUGAUACAUGUAUAUUGUAAAAUAAAGUUACGCCAAUGCUCUCUCUCUCUCGUGCGAGUUGAAUGGGUAUCCAUGAUAAUAUGAUACAGCGUUGCAAAAUACGUUUAUAUACUCAGUAAAGAUUGAAGUAAAAUUGAAGAUUUGCUCUGUACACACUCAUUUGAUUGUCAUGAACAAUUUAAGAUCAGACUAUAAUUUUUCUUUCUUUUUUAUUAGAAAGUAUUUACAAACAUGGAAAUAUUCAAACGUAGCAAAACUGCGAAAUGUGUCAUAUCAGAAAAUUUAUACCGUUAAGGUUUUUGGAAACCUUUCCGGAUUUAAGAAAAAACCUGCAUAGAAUUUAAACAGUAUUUCAAAACUCAAGAAUGGGACUAGUUCUCUGCAUCUGAAUUUAUUCAUCAUACCAGGAUUAAAUUGUAUGUGCACCAGACGCGCGUUUUUUUCCUCUAUACAAAAGACUCAUCACUGACUUUUGAAAAAAAAUAAAUAAAAGAUAAAAUCAUUAUUUUAUACUAAAAACAACAACGAAUUCUUAUAAUUACCAAUGCUGUGCUAUCGUAACUAAUACUAGUUUUGAAAUAUAUAAAUUGUUGAUUUCAUACGGACCAUAAUGUUUUAGGGCUUGUUAAUAUAAUUAUUCUUCAAAGAUGUAUUGAACACAUAACAGCUUAUGUUAGGCUUAGUUUACGAACUAAGAUGUUUUAUUGUUAUUAAAAUAAGUGUUCGAGAAAUCACAAAUGUUCUAAGCUACUUACUCGUGUCAAAAAUUGAAAGUAAAAAUCAAUUAUAAAACGCAAUAAAACGCUUCACGCAUCGUAUUUUGGAAAUGUUUCAAAUUGAGGGUUAGAGGUAACCACAAUAACAUCAUGUAUAAAUAUUGUUUUCAUAAUAACCAUACAUAAUCCUCAUAAUUCCAUUAUAUAUGAAAUGAAUUGUGCAUGGUUAACAAUUUACAAUAAAAUAUUACUACUUUCAA